AUGAACACCACGCGUCAGGAUCUCAAUGGCAUCUCCAACCUGCGCGAGCAUGUUGAUGCUGGGCAGGAUGACGGAAGUGGAGGCACGAGUGGAAGUCUGUUGAAUUCGCACGAUGAAAGUAAUCAAGCGGGGUGUCAUCCUACAGAGCCCUUCCUGGGCUCUGAAAAGGAUGCGGGACGACUGUCCCGUAUCUCGGGACUGUCCUCGUAUCUCAAGACGGUAGAUGGUGGUGAUGACCAAAUCCGUCUUCAUCGAGGCACCCUCUCGUCAUGUGCCUCGCACAUCUGGAGCUGGACCGUCUGGGUCCUCUCUGUUCUUGUUGUCUCGACGAUCAUCUCAUUCUGGAACUCCCCUGCCUCUGUAACUGCUGCCAUGACUUCAACCCCCAAGGACCAUGAGCCGAUUCCUGUUCAUGUCUCGCCUCUCCGCAAGCGAAGCACCUGCGAGACUGGAGGUGUCAACAAGGCUGAAUACAACACUCCUCUCCAUGUUGGAGCUUUGUUCAUCAUCCUGUGCGUUUCGACGCUUGCUUGUGCUUUCCCUAUCAUGGCUACCAAGUUCCCAGGUCUGAGGAUUCCCACUCGUUUCUUCUUUGCUGUACGCCAUUUCGGCACCGGUGUGCUGAUUGCUACGGCUUUUGUCCAUUUGCUCCCCACUGCCUUCAUCUCUCUCGGGGACCCUUGCCUGAGCAGCUUCUGGAACCAGGACUACCCUGCCAUGCCUGGUGCCAUUGCUCUUGCUGCCAUUUUCCUUGUCACUGUUAUUGAGAUGGUCUUUCACCCGUCUCGCCAUGUUUCACCUGCUGAGAUCACGUGUGGAACCGACAAUGACGCUCAGAAUUGCAACUCCAACAGUGGCGGGUGUAUGGGAGGCACAGGCAUGCUCCCCAUCCGGGAUAUGGGACCUAUUCGUGGACGAUCGUCCAGCAUCGGCCAGGGACUCUCUGUCUUGAAUAGCAGGGAUGAGCGACUGGAGAAUCUGGAUGAAGAAGCUUGCGAAGAUGACGACAACGCCCAAUCCGGAAGAAAGAACCUCGAGGAGACGAGCCUCGAGGCUGUACAGAUGCCAAGCUUGACCCCAGAGCAGCAGCAACGUAAGGAGCUUCUCCAGUGCGUCUUGCUUGAGCUUGGUAUUCUCUUCCACAGUGUCUUUAUUGGCAUGGCGCUCAGCGUUUCGAUUGGCAAUGAAUUCAUCAUUCUGCUCAUUGCCAUUGUCUUUCACCAAACCUUUGAAGGGUUGGCUCUGGGCUCUCGAAUCGCUUCCAUCAAGUGGCCUCAGGGCAAGAUGCAGCCUUGGUUCAUGGCCCUUGCCUAUGGAUGCACUACUCCUCUGGGACAAGCCAUUGGUCUUGCCACCCACACACUCUAUAGCCCCAACUCUGAAACCGGCCUCAUUGUCGUUGGUGUCAUGAAUGCCAUCUCGGCCGGACUCCUCACCUUUGCCUCGCUGGUUGAGCUUCUUUCUCAGGACUUCCUCAGUGACGAGAGCUGGCGAUUCCUUCGUGGCCGUAAGCGUAUCUACGCUUGUCUCUUGGUAUUCUUCGGGGCUUUCUUCAUGAGUCUCGUGGGUGCUUGGGCCUAA